UUCAAAACUCAAAGGGGUUUCGAGUUUCAGAGCGUCUCUUGGCUAGAGAUGAAUCCGGAUUCGGACUACGGCAUGUCUACAGUGAGCUGUGGAAACGGGAAGCUCCGCUCGUGGCUGAUCGAGCAGGUUGACACCGGGAACUACGCGGGCCUCGUGUGGGAGAACGACGACAAGAGCAUCUUCAGGAUACCGUGGAAGCACGCAGGCAAGCAGGACUACAACCGGGACGAGGAUGCCGCUCUCUUCAAGGCUUGGGCGCUGUUUAAGGGCAAGUUUCGUGAGGGCAUCGACAAACCGGACCCGCCAACGUGGAAGACGCGCCUGCGGUGCGCACUCAACAAAAGUAACGACUUCGAAGAACUCGUGGAAAAGAGUCAACUGGACAUCUCAGACCCCUACAAAGUCUACCGGAUCAUACCCGAGGGCGCCAAGAGACGAUCCAAACAGGAGGAUGGUGGCAGCCCGCAGACUCCCCCGAGCUAUCCCAUGCACCCCUCCUACCCCGCCCUACAGACUCAGAUGUCUGGGUACAUGUCCAAUGCAGAGCGAGGCUGGAUGAGGGACUAUCUUCCAGAGCAGACCUCGCUCCCUGAGCUGCCCUAUGGCCAGUGUUCCUACCCCUCACGCAGCCUACCCUGGGCCCAGGGCCCCAGCAUGGACAACGGGUACCAGAUUACAGGGUCCUUCUACACCUACCCUACUGAUGGCCAGCCCUCCCCCUUCACACUGGACACCAGCAUGAGAUCAGCUGAGGCACUCUCAGAUAUGCGGUUACAUGUGUCAGUGUUCUACCGGGACUCCUUGUGGAGGGAGGUGACCACCUCCAGUCCCGAAGGCUGUCGCAUCACUCCCUGCUCCCCAGACGACAAGCUCUAUUCCCCCACUGGAGGUCCAGACCUGGUGCCCCUACCCCUGGACAGCCUGCCAGCCCUGGGGAGGGGGGAGGAGUGCCCCCCCAGCCCCCCUGGUGGUACCCUGGAGAGGGGCGUGCUGCUAUGGAUGGCCCCAGAUGGCCUCUACGCUCGGCGGCUGUGCCAGGAGAGAGUGUUCUGGGAGGGAGGGUUAUCGCCCUACGGAGAUAAACCCAACAAGCUGGAGAGAGAACACACCUGUAAACUACUGCACACACAGGACUACUUUGCAGAGCUGCAGGGCUAUGCCCUCCACGGCCGGCCCCCUCCACGUCUCCAGGUGCUGCUGAGUUUUGGAGACGAGUGUCUGGACCCGCAGAGACAGAGGAGGACCCUCACUGUACAGGUGGAGCCCAUGUUUGCCAGGCAACUCCUAUACUACACCCAGCACCAGCAGACCAGCGGACACUACUACCGCAGCUACGACCUCUCCCUGCCAGGGGUCACGGAACACAGCAUGACACCUGCUUUAACCGAGGACUACCAGAGGGUCAUCACGCAUCACCAUAGCAACACCCUGCAGGACUGACAUAUCUGGCCAUCUCUGAUCACAGUCAGACUGCGGUGCAGGAUAUGGGGAGAGGAGGAGAUGGGAGAAAGCCUGGGGAGAGGAGGAGAGUCGUUUCCCUGUACUCUGGAUCCCAGAUUUCACUCAAAGCCCAAGCAGAACUAUGCCACUCCAAUCCAAGACAGACUGAACCUAGCCAGGCCAGACUGAACUGAACCAAGCCAGACUGAACUGAACCUAGCCAGGCUAGACUGAACCUAGCCAGGCCAGACUGAACUGAACCAAGCCAGACUGAACUGAACCUAGCCAGGCCAGACUGAACCAAGCCAAGCCAGGCCAGACUGAACUGAACCAAGCCAGGCUAUGGAGGAACAUACAAUCUCUUCAGUGGUCCCGGGGUAACAGAUGUAUAUCUGUUGUAUAUUGUAGAUGUGUUUGUGUGUUGUAAGGACUCAAGGGAAUCAAUGUUCCAAAUAUUCUUUGGACCAAACUUUAUUUCAACAACUCAGGGAGCCGUCCUUUGGCCGUAGAGACCCAAACUUGACUGACAUUUUGUGUUUCAACGUCCACUUUCUGUCCACAGCCACAGAACUGACAGCUGUAGUGAUUGUAUUGACAUGUUUUUUAAUGUGCUUAAUUGUGUUUGCUCAAUUUCUUCUGUAACUAUGUUAGAAAUUUUACCUGACUACUGUAUGUAGAUUUCCCAGCAUCAAUACUGAAUAAUAGGGAAUACUGUAAUAGAGAUGACCAAAGACGGCCUCUGAGAUUGGACCACACUGAAACACUGACUAGCAUGCUGAAUCUUUGAUAAACUCAGUGAGAUUGGACCACACUGAAACACUGACUAGCAUGCUGAAUCUUCGAUAAACUCAGUGAGAUUGGACCACACUGAAAC